AUGUUCUGUGAAAGACAGUUAUAGACAACGACUUUGUAUCCAAUUUUCGCUUAAUAGCUUUAGCGCUCUAAUCAUGUUAAAAACAGCGAAUUUGUAUGUCUUCUAAUAACGUUUUUACAGUUUUCACUAAAUUUAUGAGGAAGUCUAGUACUGUCACCUUUUUGUGGGUAAUUUUUCUAGAUAGGAUUUAAACAAGGCUUGUGUAGAUGUUGUGGAAGUUUCUUUUUCAUUGAAGACUACUACAUGAAUUUUGGCUCUUUCCGUUCGGCAAUAGUCAUGACUAUAAUAAUUAAAAACUUGAUACGUAAUCGUGUUACGCAAAAUAUGAUAAUUAGAAAUUGAUUGAUAAGACCAGAAAAUUUCGAUAAUUACAUGUGUAAGUUCAAACUAACGGGAUGAUGAGGAAAACAAUUAUGAGAGCGGUGAACAAUAAAAAUUUGGAGACAUUAAAAAAAGUUAUUAAUCAGGCAAUUGCCGAAGCUCCUCAAUAUUUGGAAAAGUUGAAAAAAGAACAAAGAAAAAUAGCUUCUGACAAACUAGAACGUUUGAAUAAAUGGUAUAUGAAAAUUAUAGGUUUAGACGAAGUUAAGAUUUAUCAAGAUAGAGUUACAGCUUUGCAGGAGCAACUAUUAACCACUCAAACAAAAAGAAGAGAAAUAAACAGACAAUUAUCUGAAAUAAGACGACAAGCACAAGAUGUACAAAGUCAGAUUCAACACAUUGAUAGAAAAGAAAAGUUUGAUGUAUAUUGUCAACUAAUAAAGGAUGAAAGAGAGAUUUUCAGGUUUGUUGAUGCAGUUUUAUGUUUUUGUCGCAUUUAUGACCUUUUAAUCUAUUUUAUAAAUACUGAGAUAUCUGUCUUAUGUAAACAACCUCACAAUCAUUACAAGAUAUUAAACUUGGAAUAUUCGGUUAAUGCUACUUUCCAAGAAUAUGAUCAAGCUGAAAGAGAUUUGUUUACAGCAUUUACAAAUUCUGUUAGAGAUUCGCAGGAAAAACAAAGGGCGCAAUUAGAAUAUGCUAAAUAUUUAGGUUUAGUAUUAAGUAUAAUUGGCUCGUUUUUAGCUUUUCUUUACGCAUUUUUCUGGAGACAAGACCUCAAGACUUAUAUAAAUAAAGAAAUUUCAUCUUUAAAAUUUCAUCAAGGAAUUAGCAUUUCAAAAGAUGUUGAAAUGUAUUUAAAGGAAAUUAAACAGUGGGAAAUUCAAAAUUACAAUGAAAUUUUGAACAGCAGAAAUGAUGUGCACAAUGUGAUACGUUAUUUGAAUUCCAAGGGAGAGAAGCCAAUUCCACUACCUUUGAUUGAGAAUGAACCUACUGAAAUGCCAUUAAGAGUAUUGAAAUACAUUGGAAUAAGCUUUUUGGGUUAUAUAAUAUUUAAAUCCAUUUUUGGAUAAAAAUAUACGCUAGAACAAAUAAACAUUAGAAGUUGUGUUCAGUUUGUCGAAGGCAUUUUUGUUAGAGAGAAAACACUAAAAUAUCUGAACACUUUUGCAGACAUUUUAAUGAACGAAAAUUGUCACCUGUACAGGUCUGCUUGCACUGAACGUCAGUAGCGUAUGGGGACGUCUGAGGAAGCUUCGAGGGAGAAAACAACGAGCUUUGAGCAUGUCAUUUUAUUUUUUUAUCGUGUAAAGUGUUUUUAAGUGCUAAAGCGUUCAUUAAGAUUGAGAGGAUAUUUGAAAUUAAGUCUUAUUAAUCGAUGUUGUCUAUUCAAUAUCAUUGUAAUUCGAAAAUUAAAUUUAAUUUUAAGGGUAUUUUAGAAAAAAAAUUUGACCAGGGCCUCGUUUUAGCCUGGGAUUUCCCGUGACCAAUAGUUUCAGCAUACUAAUAAAAAUAGCUUAAUUACCAAAUGUAUUUUAAAAAAUUUACACUUAUCGAAAAUAAUGUUGAAAUAUAAAAUGGAAUAAUGUUGAUAAA